CGUAGUUAGAGUCUAAAACAGAGUCAUGGCCGGUGCCAGGGUCCAUGCUGCUUUACCAGAUCCUCCUCUGCAGAGCGAAGAUGAGAACAAGGAGGAGGAGAAGGCGUUUGGAAAUAUCUUUGCAGAGUUAGAAUCUGUGGAUCUGCCUCUGGGAACCACUUUAAGGUCUAUUUACGAUGACCAGCCCAAUGCCCACAAACGUUUCAUGGAAAAGUUGGACGCCAGGAUAAGGAAUCAUGACCGUGAGAUUGAGAAGAUGUGCAACUUCCAUCAUCAAGGCUUUGUGGACGCCAUCACAGAGCUCCUCAAAGUCCGUGCUGAUGCAGAAAAAUUGAUGGGUCAGGUAACAGACACCAACCGAAGACUUCAGGAGGCUGGACGGGAGGUAACGGCUCAGACAGAGGAGGUGAUUCGCUGUCGCAUCCAGCAGAGGAACAUGGCCACCACUGUGGAGAAGCUGCAGCUCUGUAUACCAGUGCUGGAAAUGUACAGCAAACUGAAAGAGCAGCUGGAAUCCAAAAGGUAUUAUGCUGCGCUGAAAACCAUGGAGCAGCUGGAGAAGGUCUACAUUCCCAGAGUCAGUCAGUACAGAUUCUGUCAGAUCAUGGCUGAAAACCUGCCCAAACUCAGAGAAGAGAUCAAGGAGAUCUCCAUGUCCGACCUCAAGGACUUCCUGGAGAGCAUCAGAAAACACUCAGACAAGGUUGGAGAGACCGCCAUGAGACAGGCACAGCAGCACAGAACGUUUAACAGUGCAGUAGCCAAACAGGCCAGUACAGGCCACUACACCAAGCCUGUAUACUCCCUCAACGGACGAACACAUUCACAUGCUCACAAUGGCCUCAUGAUGGAGGAAGACUCUGGAGAUGAGGAGGAAGCUGAUGAAGAAAUUCUAACAGCUCAGGACCUGGUGGACUUCUCACCUGUCUACAGGUGUUUGCACAUAUACACAGUUCUGGGUGACCGGGAGACAUUUGAGAACUACUACAGGAAGCAGAGAAAGAAACAGGCACGGCUUGUUCUGCAGCCACAGGCUAACAUGCACGAAACAGUGGAAGGCUACAGAAGAUACUUCAAUCAGAUUGUAGGUUUCUUCGUAGUGGAGGACCACAUCCUUCACGCCACACAGGGGCUGGUGACCAGAGCUUUCACUGAUGAACUGUGGAACAUGGCGCUGUCCAAGAUCAUCGCUGUGCUCCGAACGCACUCUUCAUACUGUGAUGACCCAGACCUGGUCCUGGAGCUCAAGAACCUCAUAGUCAUUUUUGCUGACACACUACAGGGUUAUGGUUUCCCAGUGAACCGGCUGUUCGACCUGUUGUUUGAAGUCAGAGACCAGUACAAUGAAACUCUUCUCAAGAAGUGGGCGCUGGUUUUCAGGGAAAUCUUUGAGAUGGACAACUACAGUCCGAUCCCAGUGGAGACAGAGGAGGAGUACAAACUGGUAGUCAGCCGCUUUCCGUUCCACGAUGCUGAGAUAGAGAAGCAAGACUUUCCAAAGAAGCUACCGAUGUCUCAGUCCGUCCCUCAGAUCUACACACAGGUCAAAGAGUUCAUCUACGCCAGCCUGAAGUUCUCUGAGUCACUACAUCGCAGUUCAACAGAGAUCGACGACAUGUUGAGGAAAUCCACCAACCUACUGCUGACGAGAACGCUCAGCAGCUGCCUGCAGAACCUCAUCAAAAAGCCUCAUAUAGGACUAACUGAGCUGGUGCAGAUCAUCAUAAACACCACCCACCUGGAGCAGGCCUGCAGGUAUCUGGAGGAGUUUAUUACAAAUAUCACCAAUGUCUCCCCUGAAACAGUUCACACCACAAGACUCUACGGCUUAUCCACAUUUAAGGAUGCUCGUCAUGCUGCAGAAGGAGAGAUUUACACCAAACUCAACCAGAAGAUUGAUGAGUUUAUCCAGCUAGCAGACUAUGAAUGGGGCAUGGCGGAGUCAGACGGCCGGGCCUCUGGGUACCUCAUGGACCUGAUCAACUUCCUGCGUUCUACUUUCCAAGUCUUCACACAUCUACCGAAUAACAACAAUGACCAUGCAUCGAUGUCGGGUAAAGUGGCCCAGACAGCAUGCAUGUCAGCAUGCAAGCACCUAUCCACAUCACUGAUGCAGAUGUUGCUGGACACAGAGCUCAAACAGGUCAGCAUGGGAGCCAUUCAGCAGUUCAACCUAGACGUCAUUCAGUGUGAAUUGUUUGCAAGUUCAGAGCCAGUUCCUGGCUUUCAAGGAGACACUCUCCAGCUGGCCUUCAUCGACCUACGACAGCUCCUUGACCUCUUCAUGGUGUGGGAUUGGUCCACGUACCUGGCAGACUAUGGCCAGCCGACCUCCAAAUACCUGAGAGUGAAUCCAGCUACAGCCCUGGCUCUGCUGGAGAAGAUGAAGGACACGAGUAAGAAGAACAACAUCUUCUCUCAGUUCAGGAAGAAUGACAGAGACAAACAGAAGCUGAUAGAGACUGUGGUCAAACAGCUGAGGAGUCUGGUCAACGGCAUGUCCUCCUAAACACAGGUUUACACCCAGACCCAAAAACAGGAGCGGUGUGCGUGUGUCACAGAGAAAUUAAGAAGGAAACAUGCAUGCACACACUGAACUGCCAAGACUCUACUAGACAUAACACGUCUAAUAACACACAACAUGACAGGGAAUUUAAACAGAGAAAAGGGACAAACACGCAUCACGUAAAGGCACAGCAAUACACACAUACUGUACAAGGCAUGCAGGGAACAGACACAAACAUGAAGUCCUAACCUCUCCUUACUGUUAAACCCGACUCAAUACUCCAUGUAAAUAACAUACCCACACAUAAAACCCAACACAGUUUACUCAACUGAACAGUACAAUGUUGUAAAGUAUUUUUAAUGGUGAUGAUCAGACAAACUAUGUUUUGUACAUCUGUGAGAGUGUAAUGAUUGAACCUGCAGACACAGAGCGUGACAUGCAAGUGCUGGGACAGUGAGGUCAAAGUUCAACCCAUACUGUAACAGUUAAGUACCUAAAAAUCCUAAAAGAAUUAUCCUGACUAAUGUCAAACAUGGAUAUAAUCUCUGUGAAGGCCCUUUAUGUUUCACUAUGAAGCCAAAUGACAGCAAUUACCAUGUUAGAAAUGCUGACUUUACUUAAACUUCAAUCAGUGUAAGGCAAAAUGAUCUACUUAAGACUGGAUCUUCUGGAUUUUUUUUUUUUUUUUUUAAUUCAAGGAAGUUUCCCCUUCAGAGAACAAUAUUUUGGUUUAAAUUGCCAUGCAGGGAUCUGCAAAGUUAAGCUGUGUUUACAUGCCAGGCCAGCAUUUGGCAGCGUGACUUUGGGAUGAAUCAACAAUUGCAUGGCACAAUAUAAAGUUAUGUUCUAGAAAUAAACACAUUGCAACAAUUACAGAUGAAGCAACGUAUCAUGAAUAAAAGGAGGAAAAGGUCAAAGGUCUAACGUGAAAUAAAAUUAUGCAUGGAUCCAUUUUAGAAGUUGUUACACAGACGUUGACUGCCUUUGGCUUCUUUAGCUGCAGCCAAAGCUAACAUAGCUAUGCUAGCUAGAUAAAUAAUGUUACUAGAUAAGCAAAUGUAGCUUGAUUAGCUCAAGCAACAUGAGCUUUAAAAAAAAAAAAAAGAAGCUAAAGCUAACAUAGCUACAUGGGCUUAGUUAGCUGCUAUGUGAGCUUAGCAUGAGCUACAUUAGCUAUGUAGCUGUUAUUUAGCCAGCUUUAGCAAUGUGAGCUUUAGCAAACUUAGCUAUCUUAGCUAUUUAUCUAGUAGCCACUUUGUGACUUUAGCUUAAGCUAUGUAAGCUACAUUGCUAUGUUAGCUACAUAGCUCUGUUAUCUAUGCUGCUUAUGCCCUGGGGGGGUAUUUACUGCAUAAGAAUGUUUUCCUGGAGGGCAAGCUUUUUCCCUGUAAGUAGACUGUUUACUCGACUUUUUUAAUCAUUUUGUAAUCAGGUGUUGUAAGUCCGUUUUUUUAACGUUUAGUUUCUGUUAUUUUAACUGUACCUUAUUCCUCACUCUAACCCUUAACAAAAGUUGAACCUGAUUACAUUAAAAAAAAGUCUAAUGUGUGUUUCUGUUCUGAAAUACAUGAUAUCUCUCAGAUUCUUGUACAAGCCCAUUGGGCUUCAUUCCCUCCUUGCACCAUUUUUUGUUAAUGUGUGCUAAAUAAAUAAAACUAAACCUAACGAACAGUCUGCAGACUGUCUUCGAAAAUUGUGGAAUUUCCAUUAAAGUGGAUCCCAAAAUUUGAACAAAUUUUAGAAAUUUAGCAAAAUGAAGUACAAAUUAGUGCAUAUUUCCCUUCUUUACAGUUAAGCACAUCACAGCCCAAGUAUCAAGAGACUACAGGUCAAGCAGCAGGUGGUGCUGCUUAUGAAAAAAAAAAGAAUACUGCAGAGGAGGAGGGCUUGGCACUUCAUUGCAUUAUGUUUGAUAUUAGAGGUGCUGGAGAAAAUCCGUUCCUGUAAGAACUGCAAAAAUUGCAGAUAAUUUCUACAACUCUUUAUAGAGUGUAAAUGUCCAAAAAAGAUAUUUUCAAACAAUCUUGAUUUCAUCGUUAACAAUUUAUAACAGUAGCCAGUUUAAGCACCACAAACCCUGCAGCUUAUUUUAGCUUUACUGUCAGCAUUGUUAGACAAAUAUCUCUGUUUGAAUUUGGUAUCCACCCAAUAUGUAAGAAAAGACAGAGGCUCAUUGUCCCAGCACUUGAACCGUUGUUUCUGUGUUUGCAUGUGUGCAGAAACUGAGUGAUGCUGAGGUCUGGAAUGGAUGGAUGGAGAGAUGAAUGGAUGAUGACGUCUCGAAAGACUGAUGUUCAUGAAAAAGUGAAGUUCUGUUAAACCUCUCGGUGGAUUUUCUCGCUGUAAUUCUUUUUUUUUCUGCCUCACAUGCAUUUGUACAUUUGAAAACCCCCCAAAAAGACAUGACCAUCACAGCCAGGCUUUAUGAAGAGACUGUAUAUGAAGGUGACUCUCAGAUUGUACCAGGAAUAUUUGCAGUGUCACUUUCAAUGUAAAUGAGAAAAAGGGUAGAAACCUUAAAUUAUUUUGUUGUUUUUGUGUUACAAAACAAACAGUUAAGGGGCUUCCAGAUGGGAUGGAGUGCACUGUCAAACCCUGUCACGCAUGUUGCCCUGUGACGACACUGUGGUGCAUGCAGUAGGAGGAAAGAUUAUCCCACAAUUGCAAAUGGUAGUUAAAACAUAAUUUAAUGAUUUCAGCUCAUCAGUUCUUUUGAAUCUUGGUCUCCCAAACAAGCUGUUAAAAUGCUUCCUUCUCAGCCUGAACUAAAAUGAAAAUGGCAGCUCAAGGACGGUCAUAAACUCUCCCAAAUCCCAUCUUUCUCUGAGGACAUCAUAAACCUACAACCUUUUUCUUUGAUGCUCUUCCUCCCUCACAGAUAUAUGCAAAGGCUUUCUUUCCAAUAAUGAACUGACCCACUGGAUAUCUCAAGAUAUAACAAAGUAAAGCUACUGCUAGGUGGUUAUAUGCUUCUGCACCUUACUAACUUGUUGCUGUUCUGUUGUAUGCCUUUUUUAUGCUUACAUGAGUCUUGAGCUGCACCCUUAUUGUAGCUAAAGAAGGCUUAGCCCCCCCCCCCCAUCAAAAACAUGAUACAUUGCUGUCAAAAAUCAAUUCAAUUAAAUAUCAAUUAAUUAUUUGAAUUGUUUCAUUGAUAAAUCCCUACAACAUCACACCUCUGAAAAUGACGCAUUUUCCUAUCAUAAUAUCUUUGCAAUAGCUAUUUCAUAAGCAUUUAAUCAUGAUUUUAUCUAAUACCUGCAAAUCUAAUUUUAAUAACAAAGCUUCACAAGUCCGCUGAGCUUUUCUACGUCCCUCCAAGGGGGUCAUGGACCCUAGGUUCAAGUAGAAACUUUGGUAACUGAGAGGACCGCAUUGUUUUUAUUUCUCUGCCAGAGGGUCAAACUGAUUUUGGCCUUCUGGCAGUGAAAUGAAUCUGAUUUUAUUUUGAAAAUUUCCAUUCUGAGACAUAUGGCAUCUCAGAUGAACAGUUGUGAGAGUGGUUGUCAAAAGUGACUAUCUGCAGCCAGACUGUCCCCUAAGACGGCCCUUGAGAAAAACACAAGAACACAAAAGAUUCAUGUCACAGUGACAUUUGACCUCCAAAUUCUCAUCAGAUUAUCCUGGAGUCAGAGUGGACAUUUGAGCAAUGUCUGAAAAAAAAAGUGGAUUAAAGUGUUCUUUAGAUAUCAUAUUCACAUAUGUGAAAAUGGGGCUAAUGGUCUUGAUAUUUGACCUGUGACCUCCCGUUUCCAAUCUGUUCAUCCUUGAGGUAAAGUGAACAGUCAUUCAAGGUUUGAAGAAGGUUUUUCAAAGCAUUCUGGUGGUAUCAUGUUCACAAGAAUGUGCUUGGCUAUCACUGGCAGGGAGACAUAAAAAUAUCUAUUUUAUUACAACUAACACAAACUACUUCCUGACCAUGCAUUUGGUCACAAACUUGUGUUUUAGAUGGAUAUCACUUAGGCGUUUGUGCACCACUCCUGCACCAAACUCAGCACACACCACCUCCUAUCUGAAAGCUUCUUUCUGCAGACUUAGGUCGGGUCUAUGAAGGUUGUUGUAUUGGAUUUAUGAGUGAACAGCAAACUGCUGUGUUGGAUUGUUCCAGCGGUCCCUGCAUGAAGAGAUCGUAAAUGAAGGUUUUCAUCUGAUGUCAUACAGAAAAUAAUGACAUCUCUCAUGAGAUUUGGAUAUGUUUGGCGUAAAUGCAAGCAGAAUACACAACUCUUAAGAAUGUGAGUCAAGGUUAACAUCUUGGAAACCUUUGAGAAGAUUUUUUCCUCUGCAUAAACUCCGCAGGCCCUAACUCCAGUCACUUUAAAGGUUAAAGACUUUAUUUAUGUGAUUUUGACUACAGUUGUCUUUCAACUCACUCCAACUACUUCAUUCAUACUCGAAAACUUCUGUAAAUGUUAUGUUACCAGUGAUUAUGUACACAUAUUCUCUAUUUAACAGUUCUAUAACUUGCAGUGUAUUUUUUUGUUCCUCAGGGUGAAAUGAAGCUUUAGAAACUCAUAACCCACAUCCAGUUUAUCCACAAAGCACAGCAAUAAUGAAUCGGUUCUUUUAACAGCCUCUCAAACCUGCACGCGACUCCUGAUGUUUUAUAAUGAGACUGUUUUUAUUGGCUUUAUGUUUGGAGUCUGUGCUCCACUUUCAGCAGCAUUUUUGCACUGAAAUGGAUUUUUCCUUUAAGAUUUAUUUUGCCUCUUUUUUAAAGUUGCUUGUAAAUGCCACUGUAUAUACUGCAUAUUUUGUAAAGAAUAUUCCAGCAGUGUGUCUGCUACAAACAGAACUGGAGGUAGACAUGGUGAUGUGCACCUCUAUAGAUAACUAAGUAAAUAUAUAAUAAGAGUUUGACUUUGUUGCUUCCUUGGUGAACAGCUCGACAGUGUGAGGAGCUCAGUGAUUUACAUUGGUACCUUCUCUCCACUCAUCUGCAUGGUUACCAUACAAUAAUGCUUUAUUAUGUUCAAGCAUAAACCCUGUGUAAAAAAUGUGAAGUAUGUAAAUAACAGUCCAGAGGAUUUCAAGUGACUGCUUAUUGGUAUUAUCCAAAAUAAAGGACGAUUCCAAAUAAUGUUUCAACCAAA